UGGGAUGAAACCGGAGAUCCCGGAGAAAACCCACGCGGGUCACGGGGAGAAGGUACAAACCGUACAGACAGCACCUGUAGUCAGGAUCAAACCCGGGUCUCUGGUGCUGUAAAGGCAGCAACUCUACCGCUGCCCUAUUCCCAUUAUUUAUCUCCAGAGAUGCUUCCUGGCCCGAUGAGUAACUCUAACGUUGUGUCCAUCUUCCCUCAAUACAUCAGUUGUGCUGCGUGCCCCAUUGUUACUGCCUCAUCUCAUACUCGGCAGAAUUAAAUGCCACCUGCCUCUCCUUCACCUAGUUCUAUUCUGGCACCGUAACAGCGGUAUUUAUAUUCUGCCUCAAGAAUGAAAUUUACAGCUAACCACCAUCUAAACAUACGAGGCCAUUGUUUCGGGGUAGAGUUGCUCAGCUUCCUGCAGGUGGUAGAGUUCAAACUCGGUUGGGAUGCAUGUUCAGGGGAGGGGGUGGGUCGCGGUGCGUGUAGAUAUCUCGCCGCCUACUCAAGCAGUGACUUCACGGUGUGUGGUGGUGGGAAGGCACGGGUGCAGAGAGGGGCCCCUUCCUCGCCUGAACAACGCAGCAUGUCGCAGGUCGUUCUCCGCCGUAGCACCAUGAACAUUGUCGGGUUCCUUCUCGUCAUCCAUUUCACUGGAACCGCUCAAUACUCUCCAUCGGCCGCGAAGGUGAAGGAAGGAGCAGACGUGAGCAUAGACUGCUCACUGACGGUAUCUGGGGGGGUCCAUUGGUUCUUGAAGCAUGAAAAUGAAAAGCUAGAACACCUGCUGUAUAUUUCUGGCGCCGGUAGGAUAACUCCUGGUAAGAACCAGAGACUGGACUGCAGAAAAUCCUCCGGUAAGGUUACCCUGCUCGUCAAAAAAUUCACCAAACAAGACUCUGGGGAGUAUUACUGUGUCAUGGUCAAGACUCCGACCUUGGAAUUCGGCAACAUGGCCGCUCGCUAUCUGGAAGAAGUCAAAACUACUCCAAAGGCAACGGUGGCACCCACCACGUCUCCAACAGUCGCGCCAACACGCAAGGAGACCACAUGUACUCCAGCCGCAUCAGCGAUGAAGGAAGAUAAAACGCUCUGCCACAUAUUCAUCUGGGCUCCUCUGGCUGGUGCCGCCUUUCUGCAGUUUCUCGCUCUGAUCGUCGUCUCCAUUGUUUACUGCAAAAGGCCCCGCCGGAGACGCUGCCAGCAUCAGUUCAAAAAGAGACCAAUGACUGAAGAUAUUAGAAGACCAUUAAAUAAUUACCAUUAACAAGUUAAUUCCGCAAAAACAUGUGCAACCAUAAAUGGAAAUCCUGGAAUUCAACUCUACACCCCAGGGAAAUAAAGGAGGUUGCCUUGGAAUGAGCGUGCACUCGGUCGAUGGAGCGCUGCAGAACCGGACACGUCUAUUUGAGUUGUCUUUAAAGAUUCUUCCUGAUCCUGGACAUUGCGUUUAUUUUAUGGCUAUGCUACAACGUCGAUCAAUGCCUAGAAGUGUUGGCAAUUAGUUUUUUUUCUCUCUAAUGUGUUUAACAAUUAAUUAAGUUGUGGAAUAACAAUCUGCAGGGGGUUCUUUUCAAUUGUUUAUGUGAAUUAUUUGAAAUCCCUGGACCGGCCAAAAUGCAAAGUCCCGUUCCACCUAUUGAGCCUUGGCCCCAAAUACUGGGCUCCCCGAGUGCUGAACGUUUCCGGGGCAAGUGGAGCUGGGCUGUUUCACAGUCCACGUGUCACAUCUUGAGCAUCUUGAUGUGAGUCAGGGUCUGGGAAACAACUGUCACAGGCAUUGCACUCAGCGAGGCUGUUCAUAAGUCAUAAGGUCAUGAGUGAUAGGAGCAGAAUUAGGCCAUUAGGCCUAUUGAGCUUACUCCACCAUUCAAUCAUUGCCAAUCUAUCUCUCCCUCCUAACCCCAUUCUUCUGCCUUCUCCCCAUAACCCCAGGCAACUGAAUUAAUCAAGAAUCCAUCCAUCUCUGCCUUAAACAAAUCCAUUGACUUGGCCUCCACAGUCUUCUGUGAAAAUGAAUUCCACGGAUUCACCAACCACCCUCUGACCAAAGAAAUUCCUCCUCAUCUCCUUCAUUAGUUGUGCUAACACGUGGCUGCAAACAUUUUGCACUUUGGUGGUGGGCCCGGGGCUCCGAAUGAGUUUCAGAGAGACUGAUCAUACACCCUCCAGAGAUGCCGCCCGACCCGCUGAGAUACUCCAGCACUUUGUGUCUUUUCAUGUAAACCAGCAUCUGCAGUUCUUUGUUUCUACACAGAGAGCCUGGUAACCUCGGAAUGGUUAGUGGAGCCACAAGGAACUGCGGAUGCCAGAGUCUUGGGUCCAUGGGUAAAUUGGCCGCAGUGAAUUGUCUCCAAUGUGUAGUAUAACAAAUGCAAACGUGGGCCGAAGGGUCUGUUUCCAUGCUAUAUAUUUCAAUCAAUUAAUCAAAAUACAAAGUGCUGUACUGCCUCAGUUGGUCAGGAAAAAUCUGAAUCAGCUUUAAAAAGGAUUCUGACCCCAGCCAUCACUUACCCAUGUCCUCCAGAGAUACUAUCUGGCCCUUUAGGUUACUCCAGCACUUUGUGUGGAUGUUUUUUUUCUCGGGAUAAUGAAGUUUUUAGUCACAAUUGCUUUGUAGGCUCUGGAGUGACGCUGCUUCCCAGACAGUGAAGAAGUCAGUCCCAGGAGGAUGAUGGGUUGUUUGUAGAAGCUGCAUGGUUUCCUGCAGAUGGGUCCAGACCUUUUCAUUGGGGGCAGCACAGUGGCACAGCGGUAGAGUUGCUGCCUUCCAGCGCCAGAAACCCAGGUUUGAUCCUGACCUCGGGUGCUGCCUGCACGGGCUUUGUUCAUUCUCCCCGUGACCUUGUGGGUUUUCUCCAGUUUCCUCCCACAUUCCAACGACGUGCUGGUUUGUAGGUUACCCUGCAACCGCAGGAGAGGCAACACCUGUCCCUUUACCUCCCCCCUCGACUCCAUCCAAGGACCCCGACAGUCUUUUCAGGUGAGGCAGAGGUUCACUUGCACCUCCUCCAACCUCAUCUACUGUAUCUGCUGUUCCAGGCGUCAACUCCUGUAUAUCGGCGAGACCAAGCGCAGGCUCGGCAAUCGUUUCGCUGAACACCUUCGCUCAGUCCACCUUAACCUUCCUGAUCUCCCAGUUGCUCAGCACUUUAACUCCCCCUCCCAUUCCCAAUCUGACCUUUCUGUCCUAGGCCUCCUCCAUUGUCAGAGUGAGGCACAAUGCAAAUUGGAGGAACAGCAUCUCAUAUUUCACUUGGGUAGCUUACACCCCAGCGGUAUGAACAUUGACUUCUCCAACUUCAGAUAGCCCUAGGUUUCCCUCUCUCUCCAUCCCCUCCCCCUUCCCAGUUCUCCCACCAGUCUUACUGUCUCCCCUGAUAUCAGUCUGAAGAAGGGUCUCAACCCAAAGGGUCUCCCAUUCCUUCUCUCAGACUGCCUGUCCCGCUGAGUUACUCCAGCAUUUUGUGACUACCUUCUGGUUUGUAGGUUAAUUGGCUUCUAUAAAAGCUGUAGGAUAGAACUGGUGUAGUAUGGGUUGGUCGGCGCGUACUCGAUGGGCCGAAGGGCCUGUUUCCACGCUGGAUCUCUAAACUAAACUUUCAGAACCGCUUUGAUCUCAUUGGCGGCGGGUGUGACGCGGACACACUUUAGAGCGCAUGGAACAAACAAGAUUCAGAGGCAAUUCAGAUCGAGUGAUAAUACGCGGUUGCAUAUCUGUAUUCUUUUGAGUGUGAUUACUUCAAUGCCAUGUUUUAGAGACCCCCAUGCUCGGCCGGUGCUUGCCCACUAUUUAGAAACAAGGAACUGGUUUACAAAAAAAAAAAGUCACAAAGUGCUGGAACAUGGAUAGGUGACGGUUCAGGAAACUUCCCUGUUCCACCUUCUCCAGAGAAGUUGAGUUACUCCAGCACUUUGUGUCUUUUCUUGGAGCAGUAUGUGACUGAUGAUCCUCUCACGCAGCCAGAGAAAUGCCUUUGCUUCGCCGCAUCCCAAGCUGUUGUUUCUCGGAGCUUGUAGCUUCUUGAUUGAGAUGGGUUGGAUGUAGAUUUUGAGACAAUAAAUGUUGCAGUGAACCGCACCCUGUGUCGCCACGGUUUCUCGGCGCUCGGCAAAACCGCACCAGGUGACUGACUCCUUGCACCUUGCAACACGGACUGACUCCUUGCACCUUGCAACACUGACAAUCGCUUGCAAACACUUCUUUUCUUUUGUACACAUAUAGCCGGAGAUAGAGCGAGCAGAAUCGAAAACAACCAUCUCCACUGCGGUUUACAGUAAACAUAUGGGCCAGAAUUUAACCACGUAUGCCCUUGACGUACAUUAUUUUAGUUUUUAAACUUGUUAUGACAAAGGACAGAGGUUGAAGUUCUAAACAUGGGCGAGACCCACUUGCUGUUAGACAGGACCUAACAAAAGUUGAUUGCUUUUAGUUUAAUUUAUUGUCACGUGUACCGAGGUACAGUGAAAAGAUUUUGUUGGUGCUAACCAGUCAGCCGAAAGACAAUACAUGAUUACAAUCGAGCCGUUCUCAUAGGGUCACAGAAUAAUACAGUGUGGAAACAGGCCCUUCGGCCCAACUUGCCCCAGCUAUACUAGUCUCACCCACCUGCGCUUGGUCCAUAUCCCUCCAAACCAUGUACUUGUCCUCCUGUUUUUUAAAUGUUGGGAUAGUCCCAGCCUCAAAUACCUCUUCUGGCAGCUUGUUCCAUACACCCACCACCGUUUGCGUGAAAAAUUUACCCCUCAGAUUCCUAUUAAAUCUUUUCCCCUUCACCUUGAACCUAUCUCCUCUGGUCCUCGAUUCCCCUACUCUGGGCAAAGACUCUAUGCAUCUACCCGAUCUAUUCCUCUCAUGAUUUUAUACAGCUCUAUAAGAUCACCCCUCAUCCUCCUGCACUCCAUGGAAUAGAGACCCAGCCUACUCAACCCUAUAGCUCACGGUCUCUAGUCCUGGCAACAUCCUCGUUAAUCUUUUCUGACUGAACCCUUUCAAGCUUGACAAUAUCUUUCCUGUAAUAUGGUGCCCAGAACUGAACACAAAACUCUAAAUGCGGUCUCACCAACGUCUUAUACAACUGCAACAUGACCUCCUCAGUGACACCAUAAAGUGAAUAACGUUAGUGCAAGAUAAAGUCCUGUGAAGUCUGAUC